AUGUAAAUUACACUCACGCUUAUCUCUCUUUGCCUCCUUAACGCACUCAAGGAGGCAUUUUUCCUGAUAUUGGCACCAUUCUUGCCAGAUCAAAUGAAAGAUAAGGGAAUUCCAAAUUACUAUUACGCUCCUAUUUUCACAGCAUACACAGUCUGUUUCUUUAUUACGUCUCUGAUUAUAGGAAAAUAUCAAGCUAGCAUAGGUAGAUCUAAGGUUUUAAGACUUGGAUGUAUCUGCUAAGUAGUAGCUGCUGGUUGCUUUAUUGCAAUCAACUACAUUGAUUAGGCUACUGCAUUUGUGAUUAUUGGCUUCAUUGGCAGAUCGAUAGAAGGAGUUGGAGCAGGAUUCAUUCAGACUGCUGCAUAUGGAGAACUGAUGAUUCAGUUUCAAGACGACUAGAACAAGAUUGUGAGCAUUAUGGAGUUCGCUGGAGGCAUUGUGUUCUUUGUAUAUGCAGCAUUUCAAGGUGUAUUAAUCAAGUUCGUGGAUGUUGACCCUCUCAAAGAGAGCAGAGUCAGACAUAACUCUUCAUUCACUUCUUGGGUGCAACCAAACUUGAGAAAGGAUGAACAGUUGCAGUACCAAAGAUUUACAUUUGCUUAGAGCGAGAGUGACCUUCAAAACAAUGAUCUUUUGGGAAAGAUGCGUCUGGAUUCCACACAUUCUCAGGACAAGCCAGUCUAUGAAGAAAUCGGCUACCUUACUGUGAUGAGAAAUAAACGUGCUCUCUUUGCACUUUUCUCAAUUUUUAUCUGCUUGAAUUUGUUCAGUUUCCCCGAUACAAUUCUCGCCGAUAAUCUUGAAUCCACUUUCAAACUAGACACCUCAAUGGUAAGCAUCAUUUAUGCUGCUUAAUGCUUUGGAUUCUUGGUCACUUCUCCAUUCGCUCAUAAAGUUAUUGAUAAGUACGAGUGUGUUUCUGUGAUGAUUUUAGCUAUGGUAAUUUAAUGCAUUACAAUAUCAAUGAUUGGACCUUCAAAACUUCUUGGGUUUCCUCAGGAUCUAUGGAUUUCUGUGACUGGUUUAGUCAUUGGGGGCAUGACCUUCCCUUUCACUAUUAUUCCAGCCUAUUAAGAGAUGGUUGAUGCUGUCAAUGAAACAGGCAGGAAGUACGAGCCUCAGAAAUUAAACGACACACUUGUUGCACUCUUCAACUGCUCAUUUACCUUAGGACUGUUUGUGGGUCCUUUUGCCUCCAGUUAUAUUGCACUUGGUACUAGCUUCACAACCUGUACCGAUGCCGAAGCUUUGAUUUGCUUUGGAUUUAUGACUCUCUACUUCCUCAUCGUAUUUGUCCCAAUGAAGAUUAAAAAUGCCAAGAAUGCUCCUAAGAAGGGAACAGCAGAGAUUGAUGCUAUCAGUAGAAACUCAGGAAGCAUCAAUGUUGAAAAGGAGGAGCUCCUUUGA